AUGGGUCGUGAUGGCACCAUCAUCUACCAAGAACACCACCGUGGGGGUUUCAACUUGGUCCACAUCAAGGAUGCCGGAGACCACACUUUCGUCACCAGAGAAAACAAUGUUUUCACCGUUGGUGAUGAAGCCGGAAAGCCCUGGGUGUCGUUACCUAAGGGUAAGAGGGUUAAGUUGUCGAUUGCCGAAGAAAGAGGCAGAAGAAGAGCCCACCAAGGGUUGUAA